AUGAUAAGAAAGAAAGAGACGAAAAUGCGAGAACCAAUAAGUGUAGAUCAAAGACUUUUAGUCACUCUGCGAUAUUUGGCAACUGGGGAUGCUCAUACAACUAUCGCUGCCAAUUAUAGAAUGAGCUCAACGACUGUUGGUCGAAUUAUCUACGAAACAUGCAACGCACUUUGGGACAAACUAAAGGAAAUGGGUUUCAUGAAAACACCUUGCACUGAAAGUGACUGGAAAAAGCCUAUAGUUGCCAAAGUUGAUAAUGUGAUUGCCAUAACUAAAGCUGUUGUGGCAUUGCAUAACUUCCUUAUGAGCAUAAAUGAAGAUGACGAUUCAAAUCUAUACUGCCCACCAUCAUUUGCUGAUCAAGAUGGGCAAAUGGGUAAUGAGUUUAACCCUGGUGAGUGGCGACAAGAUGCAAAUUGUAUGAAUGGAUUGGGUGACAUUACAGAUGUUGGUGCAUCAAAUAACUAUGGUGCAGAAGCUAAAAGAAAAUUUUAUAAAGGCGAAGAUGAUAAUUGUCAGAUUCUUAUUUACUUAAGCGAGGUCGAAAAAUGGUGUCCACUGCUACCUUGGCGAACAAAGUCAUUCUCGCAACACAGUAUGAAUCUGAAAGACAAAAAGGCAAUCAUACGCUCAUCAAUCGAUGGCUUGAUUACUCAAUGGCCAUUUAAUAAUACAGAUUAUCGUUGGAUGAAAAAUCGUAUCAAAUCAAUGAAAGACGACUGGGCUACAGCGAUAAAAAACCUCAGCAAAAACGACUGUGUGGCUGUUUUUCUUGGAGCGUUUUCCUUCCAAACUUUUUUCUUGAAGCAAGCGUUUUCCGGAGGACCUUUAGGAGAGUUGGUUCAAUGGAGUGACAUUAUUACGUCAUUAUAUCUACUUGGUCAUGACGUCACUGUUAUUACAAGUGAUAACGAUAUGAAGCGAUAUUCUCCACACACCGACGGAAAUGGAUGUAUAAAUAACAAAACCGUGCAAAGGUUCGAGUUCGACUUGUUGUACACAGAUAUUUAUGGUGUUCAAAUCAUAAAUAAGUUUAUUGGUCCUUUUUGGUCAGAUAUCAAGUGUAAAACACGAGUUGUAGAUACGUUUGGAACGGAAGCGCCAUUCAACUACAAAAAAAUUAUGCAAACAAACGAAGACUAUAAAAGUGGAUGGGGAGGUCUGGAAUUGAAUCUCCGACAGUUUAUGACAAUGUUCCCUCAUAGUCCAGACAACUCAUUCAUUGGUUUUGUGUCUGGUACUGGUACAAAAAAUUCAACUAAUAAUGAUCAUCUUCGCCAAAAGAAAAUGGGUGUGGUUUAUGGCAAGCAAGACGGUUACUGGGAUAUUGGAAAUCCAAGAUAUUUGGAUACAAUUCACAACUAUGUCGAAAUUCAUGCCACUUUCACUUUGACAGAAAAGACUUGGCCGUCUUAUAUACCAAAAUACGAAAACCACGGAGUUAUAGAUCGAGUUACUUUGGAAAACCUGUUGCAGAAAUCAAAGGUUUUUGUUGGUCUUGGUUUUCCAUUUGAAGGACCCGCUCCUCUUGAAGCACUUGCUAACGGAGCAGCUUUUUUAAACCCUAAGUUUCCAGAUCCCCUCAACAGAUAUAAUUCUGGUUUCUUUGCGUCAAAACCAACACGAAGGCUAGUGACGUCACAGAAUCCAUAUGCAGAGCAGUUUAUAGGCGAACCAUAUGUAUACACUAUUGAUAUAAAGAAUGUCAGUGAGGUUUCAAAAGCAAUGGAAAAGAUCAUGAAAACUGAGCUGAAGCCGUAUCUUCCUUAUGAGUAUACACACGAGGGAAUGUUGGAAAGAAUGAGCGCUCAAGUUGAGCAUUUGGAGUUUUGUAAAGAAAAUCAGUGGCCUCCUUUGAAGAACAUGAUGACUGUAAACGGAAAAGUUGGUCAAUCUUGUAAAGAUGCAUGUUGGAACAAAGGUUUAUUAUGUGAACCUUCCUAUUGGGAAAUAGUGAAUCACAAGAUUUGGUUUAAGAGAGUGAAAUUGAAUUGUGAAGAUGUAAAGAAUGUUGAAUCGUUGGUUGCACCAUCAUACAGUUGUGUUUCAUCUUCAAACAUGCAGACAAGACUUUGUCCGUGUCGUGACUUUAUUAAAGGUCAAGUUGCUUUAUGUAAAGAUUGUUGGUAAAUUUAUUCGGAAAUUUUUUAUCUAAUAUACGAGAUCUGGAUGUUAGGCGGCUUCAAUAACCAUAUCGAGAGAUUUUACUAACAUUGAACUUUGCUUUAUGUAAAGAAUGCUGGUGAGAUAUUAAUAACUACUGGAUUGUUACGUAUUCUUUUUGUGACUGUUUCAACUUUUCACUUGUGUUUUGUCUACCUUGAUCGGCAUACAUAAAGAUAUUUUCACUGAAUAGAAGCUCAUAUAUGAAAAAUGAAAAAAUCGAUUAUAAUUAUAAGAUACGUUCAUGGAGAUUAUUAAAACAUUGAUUAUGACUUAUAAGACUAAUGAAAUUUACGAAAAAUACUAUUUGUAAAAUUAUUUAUAAAAUAUAUCAUAUACGAGCGUG